AUGCAGAAGCAACUGAUGUUCAAGCUGUUGAAGGAGGUGAAAGCGUUGCGGAAGGAGUUGAAGGACGUCAAGCAAACGCUUGCUGCGGCUUUCGAGGCCAUCGACGUCAACAAAGACGACAUGGUGUCAAGAGAGGAAGAGCCACUGCUCUCCACUCGAGGGGACGAGGUGGAACACGAUGUCGCGGGGCAGUCUGUGGAAGACCUUGUUGCUGCCGCAAGCACGUCCCCGGCCAAAGCGAUGUCACAAGGCAGCUCGCCGAUGGUCAGUGCUGCUGGCACAGAGGCUUGUCAGCCUGCGGCGGCAUUUUCCACCCAGCCGUGGGAAUUUCUGGCGUCGGUCGGAACCUGGUAUACGCCACUGCGACAGACUCCCACUCCCACCGCAGAGGUUGUGGCUACAGCGCUGGGCUGCGAUUGGUGGAAGCGGCCCUCUGCGGUCACGUGGUUCACGCCGCUUGUGCUUCCGGAAGAGCCACUGCUUUCCACUCGAGGGGACGAGGUGUUUGCCGCAGAAGCUCAAUUUGCUUUCGACGUCCUGCUCUGCUCCACGGGCGGCACCUGCAAGGUGGAACACGAUGUCGCGGGGCAGUUUGUGGAAGACCUUGUUGCUGCCGCUGGGCGCCCAGAUCGGCAUGUUGAUUGCAAAGGCCCAAGCGUCUUGGGCUUUGCCAAGAGCAGGCAAGCACGUCCCCGGCCAAAGCGAUGUCACAAGGUGCGCCGCCUUUGCUAG